UCACCUGAUGAAGUUCAUGAGCCAGAGAAGAAGCCCAGAGUACCAGUACCAACGUUGACUGCACCUAAGAUCCCAGAGGGUGAGAAAGUAGACUUUGAUGACAUUCAAAAGAAAAGGCAGAACAAAGACUUGAUUGAGCUUCAAGCUUUGAUUGAUAGUCACUUUGAAAGCCGGAAGAAAGAAGAAGAAGAACUAAUGGCCCUUAAAGACAGAAUUGAGAAGCGUAGAGCUGAGAGGUCUGAUCAACAAAGAAUCCGAGCUGAGAAAGAAAAGGAGCGUCAGGCCAGACUUGCUGAGGAGAAGGCAAGAAGAGAGGAAGAAGAUGCCAAGAGGAGGGCUGAAGAUGACCUGAAGAAGAAGAAAGCUCUGUCCUCUAUGGGUGCCACAUACAGCAGCUAUUUGGCUAAGGCCGAUCAAAAGAGAGGAAAGAAACAAACUGCAAGGGAACUGAAGAAGAAAAUUUUGGCAGAGAGACGCAAACCUCUGAAUAUUGACCACCUUGGUGAAGACAAGCUGAGGGAUAAAGCCAAAGAAUUGUGGGAUUGGCUAUAUCAGCUGGAGAUGGAAAAAUAUGAGUAUUUAGAGAAGAUCAAGAGACAAAAAUACGAUAUUUUAUCACUACGUUGCAGGGUGCAGGCACUGGCCAGGUU